AUGCAAACUUUAGCACUUUUAUGUCGUCUACUUGCUUUCUAUCUUGUUUCCCCAGCCUUCCCAGUUGACUUUACCCAUAACUAUCAGCGUCGACAAUAUCUGGCCAGCAUGUUACUACCAGAUGACCCUUCUCAGGGGCGCAUAACUUUCACUCUAGUAAAAGAGCCGCUUCCAGAAGAGGAAGGUGAUUGUGAGGAUGUUGGGGUGGCCUACCUGAACGUUCGUGAUAUUUUGCACUCAGGACACGAUAUAGUUAACCAGAGUGUACCAGGUGAGCAAUCAAAAAAUUUAAAUCGAAUAAACCUUAGAGUAUUAAGAAAUAGAUUUUGUCACUGA